AAAAGAAAAUAAUAAUAUUAAUACAAAAAGCAAAAGAGGAAGAAGAAGAAGAAAAAGGGGGCCGGAAAGGAUAGUAAGAACCUGUGAAAGAAUCAAAGAAACCGUAAUAAGAAUAAAAAUGGAAACUUUCUGAUAAUCAAAAGCUCGGAUCGUGAUAUUUGGCAGCACACGACCCACUAACAACUCACAUGAAGAAAAGCCACUAAAUAUACACACCAGCUUCUGUGCUCCGCUGAUGCAUCACGCACCAUAGAUCCUCAUCCCUCUGUCUGUUCCUCUGUUCGCUCACCCAUUUGCUCAAAUGAUCCGUUUUUGGUGUUCAUUCCACUGUUUGACUCUUGUUCCUUGCACAAAGAUCUCACCUUGGGGAAGAAGAAGAUUCGCCUUUUCCUGCAUUGCUCUUUUGGUUAAUCCCUAUGAAGCAGUCUAUGUCUGAAACUUGGGAAGCGCUUUGGAAUGGCUCUUUAUAGAAACAAUGGUGAAUUGCUCACCGAGAGAAGGGGCAUCAUUGAUGCGGUUGUCAAUUCUCUUGGUAAAAGUGACCAUGGCUCACAAAUCUUGCGUCGUGGUAGAAGGCUUGGUCGGAUUACCAAACUGUCCAAACACAAACUUUCGCGUUGGCUUCUCCUUCUUACUGCACUCUUUUCAGUUUAUUUCACAGUUUGUGGCCUGAAAAUGUUUCUUCACGUUGAGGCUUGAAUAUAGAUGGUUCUAUUACAGCUAAAAUGGAAUCUAGCCAUCUAGGUUCCCAGCGACUCAUAGUAUACAUGAAGGGAUCAACCUACACAGUAGACAUGAAGAGCUCAACCUACACAGUAUACAAAAAGAGCUCAACCUUCAAGAAACUGUUCCAUUAUCUGAAUUCGGAAAACCACCACCUAAAAGCAGGCGCAGGAAGCAUUUUCCUUGUGAAGUUGAAUUUCUGAAGUCAGCAGAUGGCCUUGCUGAACCCAAGAAUUACAUGAAUUUCACUUGGUUUUCUCUAGAUUAUGUUAAACAAGAAGGAAAAACAUCCCAUAGUGGUUUGUUGAACCUCGAUUUGGAGGACAUCAGACUCUUGAGGAGAGAGAAAAGUCAUUUUAUGCCAAAAACCAAAUGGUUCAUUGUGGUUUUGUCAAGGGAUCACCAGGGUAUUCAAGCACUGGAUUUGAUUUAGAUGAAAAAGAUAAUGCAUACAUGUCAAAGUGUAAGAUUGCAGUUUCUUCUUGCAUUUUUGGAAGCUCCGAUUUUCUCUGGAGGCCUACAAGUAGACUGUGUCAAGAAUGGCAAACAGAAUGACAGAAAAAGAAAGGUCAGAUGUUGAGUUCAAGGUUUUGUUGAUGGAGCGCAUUACGUUGGUUUCCAUCGCCAUCGUCACUGGUUCAAUAUGGUGGUCAUGUGCAGCACACAACGUGGCCACUUGCCCUAGCACGGAUGAUCCUCACACGUGGUCGUUUAUUUAUCUGGUGCUGUUUACCUAUACCAUCAUGCCCGCGUUCUACGUGUUCCGGUGGUUCUAUACCGCGGUGGCCACCACUGAGAUGUCACCGUGGGUAGGGAGAAUUCUCUUCAUUCUGGAGAGGUUGCUGGUGAUGGUUAUGCCUGCUGCGGUUCCCCAGGGAUCCAUCUUUGUUAAUCCAACUCUCUUAAUGUAUUUCUUGUCUCUUCUUGUUACUGGCGCAUACUUCCUCUGCUGCCUCCAUCGAUUUUUAUUCUUUGUUGACAGUAAUAACUACUGUUCGGAUACAACCGGUAUAAAUUCCGCCAAAACAGAAGAAGAAGAAGAAAAGGAUCAUGAUAAUGGAAAAUACCAGGAAGAGGAAGAGGAAGAGGAAGAGGAAGAGGAAGAGGAAGAGGUUCACACAAGUGAUGAUGAAUUCAAAGAAGUAGAGUGGGAGGAGGAGGAGGAGGAGGAGGAGGAGGAGGAAGAGGAAGAAGAGGAAGAGGAAGAGGAAGAGGAAGAGGAUGCCGACUCUACAAUUUCGGAGUGGCUAAGUAAGAAGACGAAUAAAGAAUGUUCCAAGUGUGAGGCAAUGUUGGGUGAAUGGCACUUAGCAUUUGAGAAGAUGCAAAAAUUGGCUGCAAUGUUUAUGGAAGAUGCCAUGACGGAAGCAAAGAAAAGGCAACAACAAUUGGAAGAAUUUUAUAAAAAGAGAAAUCAAAAUUGGAUCAAGAAAUCCAAGCUUUGAACCAAGAAAAACAGGAAUUGCUCGAUAUAAUAGAAGAACUAACAAAGUCAGAGGAAGAAGCCAGAGAUUUGUACGAAAAAGAGAAAAAAAGAGCGGGAGCAAGAAAAGCUUUCAUCAGCAAUAAAAGAAGCCGAAAAUUUUAGACAACAAUUGUUGGUUGAACAUUAUCGGGCACACAAUACUGUUGCAUGGAAUGGUCAUUGUUAGUUAGUUAGAAUUAGUCCAAAACUAAACUAUUCUUUUAGAGAAAAUAUUGGAUUUGGUCACUUAAGUUACACUUUAAUAUCUAUUUAGUUCUUAAAAUUUCAAUGGCCUCAAUGUAGUUAAACUUUUUAAUUGAUUCUGUGAUGAAAAUCACUUUAGAAAUUAACGUCAUUAAAAUUUGAAAAAUUUAGGAAUUAAAUUGAGGCAAUUGAAAUUUCAAAGAUUAAAUCGAUAUUCGAGUGUAACGGAAUAUUUUCUUCUCUUUCUAUUUUUAAAUGCAACUAGAAUUUUAUAGUUUACUAAAUUUAUGCAUUAUGAAAUAUUUUAAUUUUCAAUAAAUUAUUAGAA